GCAAGUGGAGCACCUCGGGGUCCUUAGGAAUCAGAGGACAGCAGAAGACGCUGGGUCUUGAGCUUUCCAUCCUCCCGGGGCAGUUUGGGCCAGAUGCCUGGGUCCUCUGGCCCCUCCCCUCGGGGCGGGGUCAGGCAUCCCGACCAAUGACCUGUCGUCAUCGAGGCCCCGCCCCAACCACGCCCCCUGACUCGCGGCCUCGCUGAGUGCCCAACCGCCCGGCGCCCUGGCCUGGGGCAGCGCGAGCGCCCGAAUCUGCGGCUGGACCCCAAGAUGCCUGGCGAACAGCAGACAGAGGAGGAGGAGGAGGAAGAAAUGCAAGAGGAGAUGGUGCUGCUGGUGAAGGGUGAGGAGGAUGAGGGUGAAGAGAAGUAUGAAGUGGUGAAACUCAAGAUCCCCCUGGACAACAAGGAGGUCCCGAGAGAGCCGCCAGCACCGUCUGCCGACCCGGCGCGCCCACACGCGUGCCCGGACUGCGGCCGGGCCUUUGCGCGCCGCUCCACGCUGGCCAAGCACGCCCGCACGCACACGGGCGAGCGGCCCUUCGCGUGCACCGAGUGCGGCCGGCGCUUCUCGCAGAAGUCGGCGCUGACCAAACACGGCCGCACGCACACGGGCGAGCGGCCCUACGAGUGCCCGGAGUGCGACAAGCGCUUCUCCGCCGCCUCGAACCUGCGGCAGCACCGGCGGCGCCACACGGGCGAGAAGCCGUACGCAUGCGCUCACUGCGGCCGCCGCUUCGCGCAGAGCUCCAACUACGCCCAGCACCUGCGCGUGCACACGGGCGAGAAGCCGUACGCGUGCCCGGACUGCGGACGCGCCUUCGGCGGCAGUUCGUGCCUGGCGCGCCACCGACGCACGCACACGGGCGAGCGGCCGUACGCAUGCGCCGACUGCGGCACGCGCUUCGCGCAGAGCUCGGCGCUGGCCAAGCACCGGCGCGUGCACACGGGCGAGAAGCCGCACCGCUGCGCCGUGUGCGGCCGCCGUUUCGGCCACCGCUCUAACCUGGCGGAGCAUGCGCGCACGCACACGGGGGAGCGCCCUUACCCGUGCGCCGAGUGCGGCCGGCGCUUCCGCCUCAGCUCGCACUUCAUCCGCCACCGACGCGCGCACAUGCGGCGGCGUCUUUAUAUCUGCGCUGGCUGCGGCCGGGACUUCAAGCUCCCUCCGGGCGCCACAGCCGCCACUGCCACCGAGCGCUGCCCAGAUUGUGGGGGCAGCUGAGCCGCCGUUCUUGUCGCCGCGGGGUACGAACGUCCGCCUGGAGAGGGGCACGCUGGGACCCCGACCAGGGGGCUGGGUUACCCUGGACAACUCCUCCCCGCUCCCCGGGUCUGGGAUCGGGUGGAAGGGCAGGGCUGGCUGCCUGGAACUGGGAGAUGGGGAGCAUCCCCUACCCGGGGCUCCUGGAAACGUGCUCAUCACCCCCUCAUUACAUCCCUUCGGCCCUUGUUAGUGAAUAAAGUAUUGUAUCCUCGCCCA